GCCCAAUGAGGCAGAUUGGAUGAUAGAACCAGACUGAUCAUCUUUGAACAUGGCGACAUUAAAGGCUUGCAGUGCUCUUGUGACCGGGGCCAACCGAGGCUUGGGUCUAGAAAUGGUCAAGCAACUCCUGGAGGCCCAUUGCUCAAAAAUUUUUGCUGCAUGUCGUGACCCAGAUGGGACAAAUUCUGAGGCACUGAGACAACUGGCCAAAGAGCAUCCUGGUGUCAUCACCAUGGUGCAGCUUGAUGUUGCUGAUCCAAACAGUAUCAAAGAAUCUGCCAAGAAAGUGGGUUCUCUACUGGGCAAGAAUGGUUUGAACCUGAUCAUAAAUAAUGCUGCAGUGUUGCCACAAAAAACCAUGUGGACCACCACUGUUGAGGACAUGAUUAACACCUUCAACACCAACGUGAUAGGACCUCUAUUUGUCAUUAGGGAGUACCUGCCGUAUCUGCAAGCAGCAGCUAAAGCCAGUGGCAAACCAGGGAUGUCCUGUGAUAAAGCAGCUGUGAUCAACAUCUCAACAGAUGCAUCAUCUAUGGUCAUCAUGCCAUCACUGCCAGAGCCAUUCCCACUUUUCCCAUACAGCAUCAGCAAGGCAGGUCUUAACAUGUUGACCGUGUACACUGCUAGGGACUUAAAGGCAGAUGAGAUCCUCUGCAUUUCCCUUCACCCAGGAUGGGUGAAGACAGACAUGGGGGGAGAUCAGGCCCCUAUAAACACCAGACAAAGUGUGGAGGGGAUACUGAGUGUCAUUGGCAGCCUUACUGAGAAGCAGCAUGGUGGAUUCUUGGACUACACUGGGAAAACAAUGCCCUGGUAAACCAGAAGCACAAAGCAGAGACUCUUCCAUAAGCAAGGUCACCGAAGGGCUAAUCCAGAUAUGCUGUAUUACCUAUCAUAAAUAAUGUGAUAAGCACAGCCAUUAACUUUUAUGACAGACAAAUGGAAACUUCAUUUUCUAGCAUGUCCGUUACAAUAAAACUAACUAAACAAACAAUA